CUCCAUCCUGAGUAGCCAUUUUGUGGAAUACUUCUUUACAAUAUGUUGAGUGUUAAAAUAUGUAGCAUUCGUUUUUUUUCGCUAAUUUUUGCGUAGAUUUUUAUUUGCGACAUUUCCACAAGAGGUGCAGUGACGACUAAAACUUAUUCAUCAAGAGCUGUUCUUAUAUGAAUUUAGUGUACAUAUCGUAACUUCGAGACGGUUAUAAAUCUUGUUACCGGAGCCAGCAUCCUUAACAACCUAAAUUUACUUAAUUCGUGUAAAACAGAAAAAGUUAAAAAAAAUAAAAUAAUUGUAAAAUGUUAAAAUGGCAAAAGUAUUGUUUCGUUAUGCCCCUCAGAGAUACCUAAUUACUCAAAUUUAAUAAAAAUAUUAACAUUAUUUUAAAAUUAAAUUAAAGUAGCAUUUAAAUUAAAAUAACGUUUACAUACAUUAAAAUGACAUUUAAAUUAAAAUAACAUCUUAAUUCUAACAAUAUUUAAAUUAAAUCAACCUUUAAAUUACAAUAGUCUUUCAAUUAAAAUUUCAGUUUAAAAAUUCCGAGUGAACAAUGGCAUCUUCACAGUCGGAAGGAAUACUUGAAAAAACUAUUAAGGAAAACUUCACCGAGCUCAGAAAUGCGUUGGCUGUGAGUGGGAAUUUGCUAAGCUGUCUCGAACAGAAUAAAAUUAUCACGGAUGAGAAAGUGGCAUCUUUGGGAAAGAUUGACGGAAAUGGAAAUAAGGCGGAGGCAUUGCUUAAAAUCCUUCGUGAUUCAAGAACCGAUUCUGACAUACCCGUGAUUAUGAAAGCUCUCAGUGACGACAUUAGCAGCAAUAGCAAAGUUCUUAAAAUAUUUGAGCAGUCCAUGGCAGCCGGAUCCCAACUUCGACAUGAUCACUUUACCAACCCCAUAACUUGUUUAAGAAGAGAAACUGACUGCAAGGCUGAGAACUUCGCUCAGAUCCCUCAAAUUCCCUUCCUCCCUUUUCCAAAGCCUGAUAAAAAUUUCACUGGCAGGACGAAAUUUAUGGACGAUGUGAUCAGUGCUCUCCAAUUAAGUAAAAAUCCAAGUCAUCAGAUCGGCUUUCCUCUCGUCGACCUCCAUGGUCUUGGCGGGCAUGGGAAAACUCAAACUGCACAAAGCAUCGCAGAGCGUUGUACCAAAAAUAAGAUAUAUAUAAGAUAUAUAUAAGAUAAAUAUAUUCUCUGGCGUGAUUUGGAUUGAUGCCGAAGAACAAGCUGGAAUCAUAGAAAAAAUCACUAGAGAAUUAAAAAAUCAAGGAAUUAAGCACUUGCCAGAAAAUGAUGGGAUCUUACUUGCCAGUAAAUUUUACGAUUCAAUAGCUUCCAAAAGUCCCAACAAAAUUCUAGUCAUAUUUGACAAUGUGGAAGGAUUUCAAGAAGUCGAGAAAUAUUUACCAGUUAACAGAAAUGUGGAUAAUAUAGCGGUCCUACUCACCUCGGUGGAGAAGAUUACAAUUGCAAUUGGAAUGGGGGAAAUUGACACUUAUAAAGUGGAUAUUUUGGGGGAAGAUGAAGCGAGUGAGUUGGUUGGUAAAAUACUGAAAGUAGGUUCAAUUGUUUGCACGAAAUCUGAAGUUUCCCUUCUUGUGGCUGAGUCUGGACGAAUACCAGUAACUCUCUGUAUCAUGGCAAGAAUUAUUGUCAGCGUUAACAUGGGAGGCUCAACAUACAGCAUAACUAAGCUACUACAAGAAAUGAAGGAUAAAUCAAAACUACUCAGAUAUCCAAGUGGUCCCAAACAUAAUCUAGACUUGCAAUACAAGAAAAGCUUGUACACUUGUGUGAAAAUUGCUCUGGACAAAUUGCAAGAAUCCAAGGAUGUGUAUGCUCCCAUGGCCAUACAUUUCAUUGAAGGAUGCGCCUAUUUCCAUAACGAGUGUCCCAUUGAUUAUUUCCUGAAUCAUGUCACCACAUUCAAACAGGAUAUAGAACAAGUUUUAAUUGAAGUUUUCGUCCCACUUAAACCAAUGGAGGUUUUGACAAAUGCCAUCCGGCUCCUCUCAAGAUUUUCAUUGAUUAAUACCACACCUGAUAAAAAAUACGAAUUUGGGAUAAAGGUAGAAAUCCAUCGUCUUGUGCAAGCCACAGUGAGAUUAAUACAAAAGUACAAAGAACGAGAUCUAUUGGAAGAACUCAUCUGCUGCAAAGAUUAUCCUAAAUUUAAAUCGUUAGACCAGGGUGGCAAAUUGAAAGAAACAUAUUUUCUUUCUCACCCAACCGCCAUUCUUUGGUCGCACGCAUCAAACCAUGAGGAUCUUAUUAGGAAAUAUUUCAUCGAGAGAGGAUCACUAUCGAACAUGAUUUAUUACGGAUUUUUCAAUGAGGUUAGAAAAAUCGUUGAAUUACUCGGAGAAAAAGAAUCAGCCAGGAAGAUACUUCAGGUCGAACCCAAGGAUUUCGAUUCGAUGUUCCUCGAAACGGAUUGGGAUCUGCCAUAAAAUAUGAUUUCAACGGACUCGGGCGGUAUUUUAUGAGAAUACUUCGAGAUAAUCUAGGUGACGUUGACGAACUACUGUUUAACGCUGGGAUACGUAUCGCUUUAAGCUUUUGCGUAAAACACACGAAUCUCCACACGGUGACAAAAUUGGUGAAAGAGUUCGCCUUGGACGAAGAUAAUAUUUUUCCUACUUUACUUAUGCAAGCGAUAACCUGUAAAAAAUGGGACAUUCCAGAGUAUCUAUUGGCCAAGAGUACACAUAAGGAUUUGCAUGUCAAAGGGAUGCGUGGAUACACUGUCUUAUAUUUUAUGGUUCGUAGUGAAUGGGACGGAAAAUCGGAAAUAGCGCUUGCUAUUGCAAAUACAAUUAUGUCAAUAUGUCCGGAAUUGAUAUAUGAAAAAAAUGACGAUGAAGAAUUGCCUUUAAAUGUCCGCUAAGCUUGGGCGGGAUGGUGCCCUCAAUUUUCUACUGAUGAAUAUGUCCGAUAUUAAGUCGCAAAUUGAUUGCCCUGAUAAGUAUGGAAAUACUGCACUGAUGCUGGCAAUUCGAAAUUUGAAGGAAGGACCGAAAGUCAUUCAGAUUUUGAUAGAGGCCGGAGCCAAUAGUCAUUACCAAUAUUCAUUACGUGUGUUCUGAGCGCCUGGCAUUAUGCAUUAUGUUUUCGGGUUAAUUACAGCAAAGUCAGACUUGUACUAAAAUCCUAAUAGAAAAUGAGGUUUCCCCAUACUGUCUUGAUAAUAAGGGUGACACAUUUUUCCAUUCUUUUAUGAAGGGGCAGUUUAGUAAUGCGGUGCCAUCGGAAAUUAACCAACUAUCGGAGUUUAUAACUUCAAAUAAAUUGGGGGAAAUAUUUGACUCUAAAAAUGGAUAUGAUCUAACAAUUUUGGAGUUGGCCGAGAGACUCAAGGUUUCUGACCCAAGGGAUUAUUUGGACAAUGCUGCCAGAAAAAAGCGUUUCCUAGAGAAUUUGGAUGUUGUUAUUGGUUUUGUUAAGCACUUUAAACAACUAAAUUAAUAAUAUGAACCUAAUGUCACUAAA